GAAAGAAAAAAAAAUAGCUUACACUUUUAUUUAUAUGUAUAGAAAAACGUCAAUUAAUAAAUUAUAAGUGAAAACAUUGGGCAUAAACAUAAUGAUGCUAAAAUGGUUUAUAAUUCUUUGUGUUACAAAUAAAUGAACAAAACUUUUUUAUGAGGAUCUUUUGAUCUCGUGUUCGAUAUCCUAGAGUCCGUGGGCUAGAAAAAAUUAGGAAACGUUGAUCUAGAGGAUUUCCAUGUUUUAAUUAAUAAUUUCUAACAUAAUGCUAUGUAAUAGAAUUCGUCUGAAAUAACAUUCUAAUAAUACGUCACGUCUUCUAGUUAUAAGUAGAUUAUUAAAUUAUUCUUGAGCUGUCAACGUCAACAUUACUCAAUGCAAACUGCACUUGUGCCCACACGACACAGUGCUUCUGCGUAAUUAAUUCAUUGCCACGCCUAGGAAGCGACGGCCAACCAAAAGUAUGGAGCGAAACCCACACUUGGGCGGCAAAGGCCAUUGCAUGCUAUAUCGCUACGUUCAGUCCUAACAGUGACACCACGCCGUUCGCCAGCUAAAUCUCAGCGACGAAAUUCAGUGACCCAUUCAGCAUUUCUAUGGCCAUAUAUAUCCAAGAUCCAUAGAAGGAGAUGUCCCGGUUAACUGUAACGAAUUUUAACAAAAGGACCGGCAGCCCCUUCCAAAGCAAGAGUAAGGAGCCCUCACCGGAGAACACAAGAGUCGUUCAAGAUAUAGUCUUGGAAAAAACACAUUACGAAAAACAAAAGGAGAAACAAAGUGAGUUGAUGCAGAAAGUGAAUAAAAAAGCUGCAGAAUACCAAGCAAAUAAACCUAGUUCAGGCGUGUUUACUGAAGUAGUGACCCAUGGAGCGUUUACCAGUAAGACAAAUAAAGAGAAAACGCCACCAAUAGAAAACGUAAAUAAGGGACCAAACGGUUCUAAUGGAUCUAAACAACUUCUGGGAUUUCCAUCUUCAGCAAACGAUUUGGCCCUUGAUGCUAAAACUGAUCUCGAAUCAGAUCCAAAUAUCUCAAAGGAAGUGAAAGAGAAAGUUAUUCAAAAGUUAUUUAAACUUGUGUCAAUGGUACAACACGUAUACGAAUCAAAAGUGAGGAUUAUGACGGAAUUUGAGAAAUUCAAAGAUACCCAUUUAAAGGCAGAGGUGAGAAGAGAAAAAGAAUAUUCGGAACAAUUGUACAAAUUGAACAUGAAUUUCCAAAACGAAGUUGUUCAAGCUAUACAAAGACUGAAAAGUGAAAUGGAUAUUACUAGAAAUGCAACGGGUGAUUUAGAACAACGCAGUGUCAGUGAAUCUAAAAAUAGUUCAGUUGAUUUCAACACACAUGAUGCGCAGGAUUCACCUAACAAAAAUUCUGAUGACGUAACCGAUGAAAACAAAAGUGAACACGAUAUAAUAACACAAAGCGAAAAUAUUGUUAAUACUUAAUAUCUAUCAAUUUAUUAAUAAGUAAACUGUAGAAACAUAAUACAAAACUGGGUUUGUUUUGAAGUUUUAUUUAUUCUUCUUAAAAUGAAAUUAAAUUAAAUUCCUACUAAUGAAGACAGAACUUCACUCCAUUGCAUCAUUUGUUACUAUUACUGUACACUCUCUGAUUUAUAUACUGAUUUAUAU